AUGGCAGAGUCCAACAAAGAUAUCAAAAUCAUCGCCGGCGCUGGCGCCGAUGAUAACAGCAUUGCUCUCAAAGAUGCGUUGCUCUCCCACCUCCGUUCACUCAACAUCGAAGUCGAAGAUCUUGGAAACUCUUCUUAUUACUCUAUCGCCGGAGAAGUUGGUCAUCGAGUUUCUCAAUCUUUAUCAUCUUCCUCCCCAGAGGUCCGCGGUCUCGUCGCAUGCGGCACUGGUGUCGGCGUCUCCAUCUUCGCCAACAAGUUCCCUGGAGUGUUCGCCACCACCUGUCUUACUCCAUCUGAAGCUGUCAACGCUCGUUCCAUCAACAACUCAAACGUCCUUGCCGUCUCCGGUUAUUACACUUCAGCAGAAACCGCUAUCGAGAUUGUUGAUGCGUGGUUGAGUUCACCGUUCAAGUCUCCGUGUCCUGCAAGCGACAACAAAGCGUGGCCAGAGGAGGUGGAGAACUUUCUAGACAAAUCUCUGGUUGAAAUGCCGGAAGUCGGAAAGGGAGGUGCGGUUAGCAAGUGUGCAAUAUGCUGUUUGGUGAAGAACAGGAUGCUGGAGCCAGUGGACUUGAUUCCGGGUGGGUCAAUGAAGAUUGUUAGGGAGAGUCCGACUUCAGCGUUUGUGAGAUUCACGGCGGGGAGUGUGGAGCCGGCACAUCAUCACACGUUUGCGCAUGAUUUGGUAGUGAUUGAAGGGAAGAAGAGUGUUUGGAAUGUGACAAAAGAUGAGAGGUAUGAUCUAACGAUUGGGGAUUACUUGUCUAUUCCUGGUGGUGAUGUGCAUAGAGUGAAGUACCAUGAGGAGACUGAGUUCUUCGUCAAGUGGGAUGGUCAAUUUGAUAUAUUUUUUAAUGAGGAUCUUGAUGCUGCCAAUCAUGCAAUUGAUGCUGCCAAUCAUGUGUAG